ACGUGUGCGUAAGAGAGCGAAAAACGGUGUUCUUCCUCGUAUUCCGGAGUCGUCGAUAUACGUACAUUGAAUUUUUUUGCAAUAAUAAGAAAAAAAAUCCAUUAAAGACGAAACAGGGAUAAAUCCGUCAUUCCACAUCAUCACCCGUUAUAGCCCAGAUCCUGAACCCCCAAACAACACUUUCACACAACACUUUCUUCUCCGUCUCUCUUCUUCUCCAUCAUUCACAAUGGCAGACGUAACCUUCCUCCGUCACCACCACGAACCCGACGACGACCAAACCCUAAUCCCUCUACCAUACUGGUCUCCUUCCGAUUUCGAUCUUGAUUUCUACUCUUCCGAACCCGAAUUCCCCUCCAACCAUCACCAUGAUUUCUCUCGCGAAAAUUUCGUCAUGGAUCUCUUCCAACAACGCGUCGAGCAAUCUCAGGUAAUCGAUCACACCGAUCCAAUUCACCAAUCGCUAAACGACUCCGUUUUCGAUGGUUUAGGUCUCGAAUUAGGGUUCGCCCCUGACGACCUCCACGCCGACGACGAAGACGAUUUCUUCUUCGACAGGAGGGUUUUGGGAUCUGAUCCUAUCAACGGUUUGCGUAUCGUUGAGGUUGAAUCGGAUUCCGACGCUGAAGAUGAAUCAGAAGGAAACAAUGUCUUUUUCGGGAUCUGCGUGCAUUCCGAUGAAGAAGAGUAUCAAAACGAAAACGACGACGUUUCGAGUAUUCCUCUCUGUUGGGAUUCGCUUCAUUUGGAGGAUAAUAGGGAUAACAAUUACGAAGAUUUUGAGUGGGAGGAAGUUGACGGUGGCGUUGACGAGAGGGAAGUUCUUAGCAUGCUCGCCGUCGAUGAAAAUAGGUCAGUUACUGUUCGCGGUUUUCCGUUAAUCGAUGAAGAAGAACAAGAUUUAGAUGAGGUUAACAACAUGAGUGUUCAUGGAGGAUUGGAAAAUCAUGAGUGGCAAGUGUUGUUGAAUUCUCACCUUUUAGGUACAAACCCUGAAAACGAGAACGAAAUUGCAGAGACGUAUUAUGCUGACAAUGAUGAUUACAUUUACACUGCAGAGUAUGAAAUGAUGUUUGGUCAAUUUGCUGAGAAUGAUAAUCCUUUAACCGGUAGGCCUCCGGCUUCUGUAACUGUUGUUCAGAACCUUCCGUCGGUGGUUGUGACCAAAGAUGAUGUGGACAACAACAAUGUGCUGUGUGCUGUUUGUAAAGACGAAUUUGUUGUUGGAGAAGGGGCUAAGUUGUUGCCAUGUUCUCAUCGAUACCAUGGUGAUUGCAUUGUUCCUUGGUUGGGGAUUAGAAAUACUUGUCCUGUUUGUCGCUAUGAGUUCCCCACCGACGACGCCGAUUAUGAGCGUAGGAAGGCACAGAUAUCUGCCCAGAGAAUCUGAUUAUAUGUCAUUGGUUAGGGUUGGAUUGGAUACUUGGAUAUGGUUUGACAAUUUCUUGGUGCUAGGAUGUUAAGAGUUUAGGUUUUUUGGUCCUGAAGAAAUGCAUGUGUUUGUUAAUUUUUGGAUUAUCACAUGGAGAUUUGUAGCAUAAGUAUGUUUAUCUUCCAAAUGUAAUUUGGGAUACAUCAUAAAAAUGAAACAAUUUUCUAAUGAAUAUAUAAAUUUGUUCUA